UUCAACCUUCUAUUUCAUCGUGACGCAGUUGUUAUCAUUGAAUGUACGCUGUCGAGUUUCUGUACAGACUGCCAAAACUCGUUGAAGAGUAAUCUCAAAGUCAAAAUAACACGUUGUGUUCAUUACGUAUAUUUAUUUGGAAUUCAAUUACGCUAUAAACCGUUGUUUAACACGAUGAUACUCGGAAUUUUAUUAAUAUUUUUUGUAUCAUGGCAUACAACAAAGGCGAACUACGCGAUGAUUAUCGAAGAAUUGUCAAUUUGCGCACCAAAUUCGAAAAUUGUAACAAACUAUACAUACACUAGUGCAACGAGGAAAGGACCAGUUGGACAAUACGAGAUUUUAGAAGAUAUAGAAUCAAAUUCCAAUAUUCAGGUGUCAACGAGUGCCCAAUACAAUUCUUAUACAGGAUUCCCGUUGAAGAUUCCUAGGUUCAAUGUUACAAAAAUUAGUUUUUGUACGUUUAUCAGUAUCGACUCGUAUAUUUUACCAUAUUUUAGGCAAUUCAUUGAUUUGGAAAAACAUUGUCCUUUGAAACAGGGAGUGUAUAUGAUUCAUAGAAGCUCGAUUUUGAGCAACAAAAAAUGUUUCAUACCAUAUGGUUGUUGGAAUUUCGAGAUCAAGCUCUGGAAAAACGGGAAAACGUUCGGGUGCCUUCAUGUUUUAGUACAGAUCUUACCGUCGUUGAAUUCAGUAAACUUAAAAUGCAAUAAAGGAUGAAUCACGCGUAGAAUCAAAAAUGUUAAGUGUUGGUGAAGUUCAACAAUGAUUAUACACUAAUCACAUACUGUCAUUAUGCACUGAUAAAUUCAAGUGAAAUGUUCUGUAGGAGUAUAUUAUGCAAAAUACUUAUUAUUUUAUUACAUUAUAAGCACAUCCAUCUA